AUGACAUCCACCUUCCUCCCAAGUCCCCCCUCUAAGAUCCUCUCGGACCUGCUGAAUCGGAACGAGAAGUGGACGGAAGCGAACAGCGGACUAUUUCUACAGGAAACCCAGUCGCCUAAGGUUCUCUGGAUCGGCUGCGCCGACUCGCGAGUUCCGGAAUCCGUCAUUACCAAUCUCGAACCCGGCAUGAUCUUCACUCAUCGUAACAUCGCAAACCAAUUCCAUGCAGACGACGAUAACGCGAUCUCGGUGCUCAUCUACGCCGUCGAGAACCCGAAGAUGCGGGUCGACCACAUCAUCGUCGUUGGCCACACCCGCUGCGGCGGGGUGGAGGCAUGCUGCAAAGCCGCACAGGCAGACGACUCCCCUCCUGCCAAUGCGCUCCAGCGCUGGCUUGCGCCGCUCACAGAAUUCGCGCGGAACAACGGUCUGGGCGGCGAUCUCAGCGCGCUCUUGGAGGCAAACGUGCGCAUGCAGGUAGACAAUGUGCUGAAGUCUGAAGUGCUGGAGCGCGAGUGGGGGAUUAGGGAUGUGCACGUGCACGGGUGA